AUGACGACAAUCGAGUCGAUGCCAGUGAUCAAUUGGGCGGCAGCAUGUACCGAUCGCAAAGACAAGGAGUAUAUACACGAAUACGCCCCGCUAAGAUGUGGCACUGUCAACUCCACACUCACCAGCUUGACAUUGGGAGUAAUGUUCUACAAGGAUAUUGCCGACGGUUCAAUGCCCUAUGAGCUCGCCACGCUCAGACUGGGCCAAUCGUACAAUCUCCCUCUAACAUGGAGGCUGCCCCGUACCCUCAUCUCGCUGACCUUUGGUGAUAGCUUCAACCAACCGAUUGCGGCCGGAUGGCUGCCCGAUUCGCUCGUCUACCUGAUCUUUGGCGUGGCGUAUGCGAUGGAGUUCGUGCCGGGCUGUCUGCCGCCCUCGCUCCAGUACCUGGUGUAUAGAUGCGGACCUGAGCGACACAACGACUUGGCAUUACAAGCCAACUCAGACAUCAAGCACAGAAUCAAACAGACGACAACACCCGACACCUUCCCCGCAUCAAUCAAACUCAUCUCAUUCGAGAUGAACAAGCAAUCAUCUUCGGGCACCCUUCCCGAGAGCGUGACUGAGUAUGUGUUGGACUCAGAGACCAGACUGCCCAGGAUCACCAAGCUGACGAUGAGCACGUACUUUAACGAUCCCAUGCCUGUUGAGUGUAUCCUGCCCGACACCCUGGUGUCGCUGACCUUUGGCGAUAUGUUCAAUCAACCCCUCAAUGCGGCGACCCUCCCUCUGAUCCUGCGAACACUCAAGUUUGGCUUCUACUAUGAUCAGGUGCUGGACAUCAACACGCUGCCAUCUUCGCUCACUUCGCUUUACUUUGGAUGGCGUUACAAUCAGGUGAUCAGUCCAGGCAUGCUUCCCGACUCACUCAUUCAAUUGUCAUUUGGCAAUUGCUUCAAUCAACCGUUGACAGCUGGAGUGCUGCCAAUGAACCUCUGCGCACUGGAGCUUGGCGGUGAGUUCAAGCAUGAUGGAGACAAUGCAGUGCUCCCGCCAUCAAUCACCAAGCUAUCGUUCAAGGAUCUUCAUAACCCUAAGCUCAUUGAAUCGCUGAGGGAAGUGUGUCCGGCACUGGACACAGUGUGCAUCACCAAUUGCAAUGCGAUCUUCAACUCUUCGCAGAAGCUAAGGAUCAAUGAACCGAUCAAGAUGUUUGAGUUGAUGAUCUCCUCGCACAACUUUGCCGACAUGCACAAAGAUGCCAUCCAGGCAUAUAGGAUCGUGCAACACGUUGCCCAGAACCAUCGAAUCGUUGUGCUGUGGGAGCCAAACAACAUGCACAAGGUGGUCCAGUUCAGAGCAUUGGACAACGAUCAUACGAUAGUAGUAUCAUCAGAGGUUCCCAAGACAGGUAUCAUGUCGACCAUCCUCAUGCUACGAGGUCCAAACAGCCCCAAGAGAGUACAUCAUUCAAAGAACAAGCGCAACAAAAACAACAAUAACUGUAAUAUUAUGUAA